UUUAAGUGUGUAAAUAUAUAUUUUCUUUCUUCUAACAGAUUUUUGUAUAAUCAAAUGGACAAGGACAACACUAUAACGCCACCAUGCGCUGCGUGCAAGCACCUGAGGAGAAAGUGCACAAAAGACUGUGUGUUUGCGCCUUACUUCCCAACGAACAAACAAGAAAGCUACGAAAUGGUCCACAAGGUAUUCGGAGCAAGCCAUGUUGCUUCACUUAUCAACGAGAUUCCCCCUAACCACAGAGACUUUGCAAUGAGCACGCUCGCUUGGGAGGCACAACUUCGUGACAAUGACCCCAUCCAUGGUGUCAAUAGUAUCUUAGACCCCCUCCAAUAUCAGCUUAAAGACCUUCAAAACCAAAUCGCAAUCGCCAAGAACGAACUCUCCUCCUCUUUCGGUAUGGUCCCGACGACAUUUGUGCCACCGCCUCCAAUCACGUAUCAGCAAAGAAUCCAUCCCAAUCCUAUGAUACCGGAUACGACUAAUAAUGACGGUUGUUUAACGGCUCAGCAGCUACAAGACGAGGCUCAGCGUUUUGCAUCCACACAAACUGCUCAAUUCCAGCAAACGCAAGAGUCGCAGACGCAGUACAAUGAGAAUGUGAUGAUUGUCCGUGACAAGAAGAUAUGAACCAUACCUAAAUCUUGGAAAUAGUCUUGAUAACCCUUUUAUAUUAUCUUAUUUGUACAUAGCUACAUGAACUAAUGGGACGUUUAACGAUUUUUAAUUAUUUUAGUUU